UUUGAUUCGUCUAAUGUUUUCGGUUCAUCUUAAGCGCUCACUUUGUCUCUUAUCAAGCUAUCGAGUGGCUUUCAAAGCUCCUUUGUGAUGAAGAUCGAGAUAAGAUUAAGGACAUAAUCGUGGACUGUAUAUUAAAGCUCACAUACUUAACAAGGAAGAGUUGAGGUGAGCACCAGCAGGAAAUAAAGUGGGGAUGGACCCGGAUGUGGGUUAGAUUGCGUGGUUUAUUUGCAGCCAGGAAGUGGAACUAUGCCUCUGUGACGCCUGCAGAGAAAGUCAUUGCAACGCACAUCCGCUGUGCACAUCUCAGAGGAGGAGGAGGGAAAAAAAUGGUUAUGGCCAUUAACAGAAGUUGUUAAUACUUUAUUAAAAAGAUGGAGACACAACCUGCAGUCAUCACAUAGAAUCAGUUACCUGAGAAACCAUGGAGAGCGAUCUCAUGCUCUCUGCAGAGCCUGCCUUUCCAGAACCGGCAGAAGAACCAUAUUUGGAAGCCAAGCUUUACAUCGAGAGGGUGGAGCGGGAGAAUAACCGAUGCCAGGAAGAAACCCGUAUGGAUAAAUCCCAGAACCCAUUGGCUAAAGAUAGCUCUGAACCCUUAGAACAUGGGGUUUCAAUUACAAUGUACCCUGUUAGGGUUCCCAGCAUGCAUUUCAGCUGUGCUACAGUACAGUGGGAUAUGCCACAAACUCCUGCAGAUGUUCCAUCCCAAGAGCCAGGCUCAAGUGAGAUUAACUCGAGUUAUGGAUUGAAUAUGGACUGGGUAGUUAAUCCUCCAUCCUUAGACAUGCCUUUGUUGAACCAGGAGGAAAUUAUUGAUCUGGUAUCAGUUGAAGAUCCUGGAAAGAUGGAUGAUGUCUUGCAGCACGAGACAGUUAUAAGUAUUGAAGUCGAGUCUUGCCAGGUAUAUGAUGUGCACAGUGAUGUGAAUGUUUGUGUGAAGCCAUCAAAUGAAGGUGACCAGAUGGCAUUCACAGAUACCUCACAGACAUCAGAAGUGAGUGAUGAUGGUGGAUUAGUGGAUGACGAGACAGAACGCACUUUCUGUACUGAGAUCCCAGAGAUCCAGCCGGAUCCUGAAGGUUUAGAAACUCUUGAGGAGGAAAUCGUAAAAACAGGGGACACUGUGUUUAUAACUGAACCAGAACAAAGACUUGAAGAUGUGGGAGAAAUAAAAGACAUUGAGGAACUCGAUUCUGAGGACGGUAUCAGUGUAAUAAUAAUGACACCUUGUGAAGACGGCUGCAGUACUAUACUACAGCUAGAAGCAAAUGACCCAGUCCUAGAUGUGGACUCCAAACCAAUCGUGGAAGCUGGUCUUACCCAAGAGUCAGAUCUGCCACAACCAGGAGUACCACCUGAUUUGGUCUGCGAUGCUUUAGAGGCUGAUUCUAAAAAUGCGAUUGCAAGCGAAGAGACACUGGAGAUAGAAAAUACAGAAACGUUGGUGGAGCUGCACAACUCCGUGUGUCUCGAGCAAGAGGAAGCGACCUGUGAAGACCAGAUCGAAAGUGCAGGGGAAGUAGAACCUCGUGGACACAAAGAACAAUUAAUACAACAGUCGGAUUGUUCGGAACACUCGAAAGACUCAGAAGAGUCAAAUCACGAACUGUUACUUGUUGAAGAAACGUCAGAAGGAUCAAAGCAAUCGAUUUGCAAUGAAACAAAAACCUCAGACCACACAAUCGAGGCAAACAUUACAGUUGCUUUCGAAACAAAUCCAACAGAAAAUCCCAAUGAGACAGAAGUCCUGGAUCAGCCUGAAAGUUCUACUGAAACAGAAACAUCACAACCCUCAGAAUCGAAGGACAGUAAAGAAACCAGUCAGGAAAACCACAUCAACAAUGAACCACAGCCGAGCCAUGACAAAGACAGUGUAGGACAAGCUGGAAAGGGAACAUCUGAGCAUGUGCCCGAGGAACAACGGCAGAUAUCUGCAGAACCAUCGGUUACCUACAAGAACGGAAAUGGAGAAGUUGUGGACAGAGAGGAAGCUUGUAAACUUGCAGAGAGACUUUACAGGCUUGACAAUGUCCAGCGUACAGAUGUGGUCAAACAUCUAGACAAAGACAAUGCGUUCAGUCAUGCUGUCGGGGAGGAGUAUCUGAAGUUCUUCGACUUCACUGACCAAAGCUUGGAUGAAGCUCUUCGUGCUUUUCUGAAGGAAGUGGUUCUGAUCGGUGAGACUCAGGAGAGGGAGCGAGUUCUGGAUCAUUUCUCCAGACGUUACCAGCAGUGCAAUCCUGAGACAUUCUCCUCAGCCGGAGUCGUGCUCAUGCUCACGUGUGCCAUCAUGUUGCUCAACACAGACCUGCAUGGACAGAAUGUUGGGAAGGCCAUGUCCCUGCCUGUCUUUGUGUCUAAUCUGGAUGGGAUGAACGAAGGAGAGAAUUUCAGCAAAGACUUACUGAAGACUCUUUAUAACUCAAUCAAGAAUCACCAGAUUGAGUGGGCAGUAGAAGAGAAGGAACUGCUGACCUCUAUGACCCUCGAGCAGGACUCGGAUCAGGACUCGUGUCAACGUUCGAAGAGUAACCCCUUCCAGGAUCUUGCUCAUGACAAGAAGGCCACCGUGUUCCAGAAAGGAUUCCUGAAGAGGAAAGCGCAUGCGGACAUAGACGGCAAACGCACUCCCUGGGGAAAGAGAAGUUGGAAGACGUUUUAUGCGGUGCUUAAAGGAAUGGUGCUCUAUUUACAAAAGGAUGAAUACAGGAAGGACUGGCAAAGCUCUGAAGAGGUGCUCAGUGUCCAUCACGCUCUGGCUGAGCGAGCACAGAACUAUACCAAGCGUCCUCACGUGUUCCGCCUUCAGACCGCAGAUUGGAGGGUUUUCCUCUUUGAAGCACAAUCCACAGAGCAAAUGAACUCCUGGAUCGGACGAAUCAACCUGGUGUCCGCUCUGUAUUCGUCUCCUCCGUUUCCCGCAGCCGUCGGCUCUCAGAGGAAGUUCAGCAGACCCAUUCUCCCUGCAACACAGUCUACGCUCACUCUGGAGAAGCAGCUACAGUCACAUGCCGCCAUGCUGCAGUCGUUUCAGGAGGACCUGAGUGCGUUACAGCAGGGGGCACAAGAGAGCCGUAGGGUAAAAGCCAGAGAAGUGGAGGAGCACAGACAGAAGGAGGAGUACCUGCAGCAUGAGCGAUCCCGCUACGAGGCUUAUGUUCACAUUCUGGAUGUCUGGCAGACACUCGGAAAGUUCUCCGAGACGGUGAGCGGGACAGACCUCACCCUUUUUGACCAGGAGCUUUGGAAAGGAAUAGACACUGAAGAAAAUCAGGACAGUGAUAUAGAUGGAGGGAUGAAGAGAUCCCAUUCCAGUCCAUCUAUUGAACUGGAAGUGGCUACUCCACCCGUGGUGAAAGUGAGGCGUAACAUCUCAGAGAGACGGACCUACCGCAAGAUAGUCAUUCCUCGUCGCAACAGGGAGGUGUAAGACUAAAAAUAAGACUGUCACUGACUCAUCCUUUUAAAACAGACUGUAUUUUUCAAUUCUUCAUCAAUUCUUCAGAACCCGAGUUCCAGUAUUAAGAGGUUUGCAUUGCAUAAUGUCCUAGAUUCAACUAUAAGUACAUGACCAACUGUUUCGAGCUGAGACGACAGCAUUUCCGACCUAACACAUGAACACGCCUUCCACAUCUUCAUGAAAAAUCUACUCAUUUUCAUAUAAGCAAUUUUCACAGUGUCAUAAUUGUGUCCUAGUAAUUUCCUCAGUAGUUAUUCUCAAUCUACUACAUCACAAAAAAAGGUUUUAAUGUUUAAGCUUUUCUUUCUAAACAUUGUGCCAAGAACCGUUUUUCUUUUAACGGUUUAAAAAAAUAAAAUAAAAUAAAUAAAUUUGCUGUAUUUUUAUAACAGAGCCAAAACAAUGUUCAUAAUAUGAAGCAGAAAUAUUUCAAUAUGACUUCUGAAAAUGACAGAAUUUUCCUUCUAACAUGCAUCAUCGUCAUUAAUGCUUUCAGUAGUUUACUAUUUAUUAAUGUUUUUAUAAUAAAUAUUUCAGAAUAAAUUGGUAGAAUUCUGCUCACUUUUUAAAGCAUACAAAAUAAAGAUAGUUCUUCACUCUGAA